AAUAUAAUUGCACAUACACGGCCGUGUGUGCAAACGUCCGUUAAGACUGUUUAAUGGCGUUCAAUUGCCACCGUUAUUGUAUUAUAAUAAAAGGGGGCCCUUGUGUUGUUGGUAAGAGACGCGGUUAAGUGCGUGAGAGGUAUUUUGUUAAACGGGACAAAGGCAGGCCGUCGUCAGGGUAAACUUAACACCGGGGCCAAACGCCAAACAGUGCUUCAAUUAUUAUCAUUAUUUGGCCGACGUGGCGUGACUAACAGCUUGAUUCGUCUUGGUGGGGCCGGUCGUAAGAAAAACUGCUAAUUAUUGACAAAAAAAAAAAUAUUUGAAAAACGCCUCUAAGUGACUAUUGUGUAUAGCCGCACUGUCUAAAGCGCGGUGUAUCGUCGUCGCCAAGGAUAAUAUGUGGAAGAACUAGACACGAUGAGUGCAGCUGACCAAAUGAAACAGGCUUACAGCAUAGUGUCAAUCGCCGAAAAAGAUAAACCCAUUGUGGCGGAAUUUUUGAGAAAAUUCUUCUUCCGAGACGAACCGCUGAAUGUAGCUAUUAAGUUGUUGGAUGAGACCGAAUCGACCAACAAAUUGGAAAAAUAUUGUAUCGAUUAUUUACAUCACGGGUUUUCUUUUAAAGCAGUGUCUGCCGCAGGAGAUCUGAUAGGUGUUAUCCUGAACAAUGUGAUGGAAAGAGAAGAAAACGAACAGAACGGCCAAGACGAAGAGGAGUCGUCGCCGAACUGUAAAAAGUUCAAAGACAUUAUCGUUUUGUUGGAUAAAAUCAAAAGAGAGGCGGACGUCUUUAAGCUCUACCCGCACGUGAAACGUAUACUGGAAAUAAAAAUUGUCACUGUCAACGAUGCGAACAGAGGUCAAGGCGUGUGCAAAGCUCUUAUCGACAAAACCAAAGAACUGGCAAAAGAAUUGGACUGUCAAAUGAUUUACGUGGAGUGCACAAGCCAUUAUUCUGCUAAGGCCGUUACAAGGCUUGGGUUUAAGUCCAUUCAUUCGCUGGAAUACCAAAAACAUUUGAAUGGCCAGGGUGAAGUUGUGUUCGAAACUAACCUCCCUCACGACCGUGCCGAAGUAUUUGUAUUACCUAUUCUAUAAAUUCUCAUUUAUCGUUACCUUAUUUGUUACCCGUCGUUUUUUUUUUUUUUUUAAAUAUCUUAAUAUAAUAUUAUAUAAAAUAUUUAUACAUAAAAAAAAUAUAUACUAUAACAUUUUAUAUGUAAUUGUGAACUGACGAUACCGAAUCAUAUUAUGCUAGAUAAAAAUCAAAGUACCUACUAUAAGUUUAUAUAUUUUUCUUAAUUUUAAAAUUUUUAAUUGUUGACCACCGAUGGAAUUUAUUUGUUGAUUAUUUAACUGUUGUUGAUUUAAUUUUAACAUUAUACUGAAAAC